UCUUUUCGGGCCGAGAUGUCCUUGGCCUCUGAGUCGAGGCGCCGAGGCAGCACACCCUCAGUAUGGCCCAGCGUUCCGCAGCACCCGAGCACGCUGAAGUGCCGGGUCGCGAACAGGCGGCGCGGUGAACACCCGCGCGAGGCCCCGCGGCGCGUCAGUGGUGGGAAAGACAGCUGUUAUAAUAUGAUGCAGUGCAUUGCUGCCGGCCAUCAGAUUGUUGCUUUAGCAAAUCUGAGACCAGAUGAGAACCAAGAGAGGUCUGAUGAGCUAGACAGCUACAUGUAUCAGACAGUGGGUCAUCAAGCCAUUGACCUGUAUGCAGAAGCAAUGGCUCUUCCUCUCUACCGCAGAACCAUAAGAGGAAGGAGCUUGGAUACAGGACGGGAAUAUACCAAAUGUGAAGGUGAUGAGGUUGAAGAUCUCUAUGAGCUUUUGAAACUUGUGAAGGAAAAUGAAGAAGUAGAUGGGAUAUCAGUAGGUGCCAUACUUUCUGACUAUCAGCGUGUUCGAGUAGAAAAUGUGUGUAAAAGGCUUAAUCUCCAGCCUUUAGCUUACCUUUGGCACAGGAACCAGGAAGAUUUGCUUCGAGAGAUGAUAGCAUGUAAUAUUCAAGCAGUCAUCAUCAAAGUAGCAGCUUUGGGUUUAGAACCAGAUAAACAUCUAGGAAAAACCCUGGAUGAAAUGGAACCCUAUCUUUUAGAGGCAUGGUGGUGUAUGCCUUUAUGUCUGGCAAUCAGAAGGCCAAGACAAGAGGAUUACCAUGAAUUCAAGCUUUCUAAGAAGUACGGAGUUCAUGUAUGCGGUGAAGGUGGAGAAUAUGAAACAUUCACUUUGGAUUGCCCUUUAUUUAAGAAGAAAAUAAUUGUAGAUUCCUCAGAAACAGUCAUACAUUCAGCAGAUGCAUUUGCACCAGUGGCUUAUCUGCGCUUUUUAGAAAUGCACUUGGAGGACAAGGUGUCUCCAGUGCCUGAAAACUACAAAAUAUGUAGUUCUAUAUACACUUCUUAAAAUACAUUUUAGAAUAUUAUUGACUAAGCUGUAAUUUUGGUAAAAAAUAGAUACCAGUUUGUCAAUUAUGACCAACUUUUCCCCACAUUUUUUUGUGUCUUAGAAAAAUAUUCUUGUUUUCAGAAGAAAUUAGUGGAACUGUUAAUUAAUUGGGAAAAUAUCAGUGACUUCAUUCAGGGUAGUCAGUAAUACUGACUACUCGCUCAGGAUUCAUCUCUUUUAACAUGUCUCAUUAUUACAUCUGUGUCAUAGGAAGAAAAAAAUGUGUCCUUUUUCUUUUUCCUUUAUCUCAAGUUCCCAUUUUUGUAACAUUUCACCAUUACAUUAGUAUCUUUGCUCUUUUUCUUUCAUUUUUCCAUCCUUGCCAUUUAGGUCAUGAUCAGAAACAUCUGAAAAUGAAGUUGGUUUAUUUGGCCAAUAAAUUUAUUCUGCUAGUUGUCACCAAAGUAAUUUAUCAUUUUUCUUUUGAAUAUAUUCAUUAUUUAUGAAUCAAGAACUUGAACAUAAUUGGACAAUCAGGAAGACUAUGAUAACUGGUUACUUAUUUUUUUUUCUUUUUGGUGUCUUUUGAGACAGGGUCUUGCUAUAUAUAUAGUUCAGGAUGGCCUUUGGUCACUAUGUAAGCCCAAGCUAACCUUUAAAGUCAUAGUGAUCCUCCUGCUUCAGCCUCCCAAGUGCUAUGAUUACAGGCAUACAGCACCAUCUCCAACUAUAACUGGUCACUUUAUGACUGAUUUUAAAAAUGCAACUUUCAGGACCAAGGAUGUAGUUCAGUGGCAGUAGUGCUUGCCAAGGUCCUGAGUUUGAUUCCCAGUACCAAACAAAACAAAACAAUUGAGUAACCAAAAAAAAUGCAACUUUCACAUGUUACUUAUGCUUGUCUUAGAAAACUUUUUUAAAAAACAAUAUCUUUUUCUAGAAUACUUUUUGUUUCACAGCAAAGUUGAGCAAGAACUAGAGUUCGUAUAUACUCCCUCUGACUGUACAAGUACAGCCUAGUCCACCAUCAACGUCUUGUCAGAGUGGUAUAUGUGUUAUUAUUAUCACCAAAAGUCCAUAUCUUGCAUUACAUUCACUCUUCUGUUUUAUAUUGUAUGAGUUUUGACAAAUGUCUAACAACAUACAUCUAUCUAUGCUUCAUUGGUUCAAGCCUCCUUUACCUGUAGACAGUAGUAAUUAUUGAUCUUUUUACUUUGACUGUAAUUUAAUGUGGCAAAAUGGUGCAUAGUUGAAAUUACACAAUUUGUAGCCUUUUCAGAUUAGUUUGUUUCACUUGGUAAUAUGCAUUUAGGUUUCUUUGUGUUUUAUUAUGGCUUGCUACCUCAUUUAUUUUUGAUGCUGAAUAAUAAUCCAUUGUCUUCAUAUACCAUGGUUUAUUUUAUCCAUUAAAUUUCCAAAGGAUAUCUAGGUUGUUUCCAUUUUUUGGCAUUUAUGAAUAAACGUACAUGUACAGAAUUGAACCUGUGAAUGUAAAUUUCCAGUUCAUGUGUGUAAGUAGCAAGGAGCAUGAAUACUGAAUCAUAAGAGAAUGGUAAGGAGAUGUCUAGUUUUCAGUGCAGUUGUCAAACUGUCUUCCAUAGUAGCUGUACUAGUUUGCAUUCCUGCCAGACAUUAAUGAACCUUGGGUAUUAUCCAUGUUUUGGACUUUCUAAUCUCCUUGUUUUAGUUUAUAAACCCAUAAUGAAUUCUGAUGCUGAUCAUGUUUUAUUUUGCCAUCCAUAUAUUUUCUUUAAUAAUGUUUACCUUUACAUCUUUUCCUAUUUUUUAUUAUUGACUUUUAAGGGUCUAUACACUUUGGAUAACAGUUCUUUAUUAGAUGUAUCAGUCACUUUUGCUGGCACAGGGACAUGAUAGUCAACAUCCACAAUUUAAAGGAAGGGAGGUUUAAUUUAGCUGACAGUUCCAGGAGAGAGAUUUAGUCAAUGAUUGGGUUUCAGGGUUUAAGUCCAUGUUUCAGUCAAGGCAGAGUUGUCAUGGUAGAAAAGUUUGACAGAACUAAGCUAUGUAGUUCCAUGGCAACCAGGAAGCAGAACAAGGGAACAAUGCCAGCCAGGAAGGGACAAGGGACCAGAUAUAGUAUCAAGAUAAGACCUCCUUUAUCCACCUAGGCACAUCUAGAGGUUGCUCUACCAAUCCCCUGGGCAGCUUCCAGCGCAGUCAAGUUGACCAAAUUAAGCCUGAUCACCCCAUACGACACCUUGUACAAAUAUUUUCUCCCAUUCUCCAGUAUAUGCUUCCAUUUUUCAUUAGUGUUUUUCACAGAGCAGAAGUUUCAAAUUUUAAUCUAUUUAGUGUUCUAUCUAAAAAGUCAUACUGAAACUCAAACUUAUCUAGAUUUUAUCUUAUUUACUAGGAGUUUGAUGUUUUUUGUGUUUUUACACUUGUGUAUAAUAAAUUUGAAUUUUAUAAGCAGUGUAAAACUUUUCUUUAUAUAUAGAUAACAGUUGUUUCAGUAUGAUUUUUUUAAGAGGGGUAUCUUUUCUCCAUUGUAAUGCCUUUUUCUUUUGUAUGUUUGUAUGGUGUAUUUCUGCUUUGUUCUCUUAAGGUGUUUGUCUUUGUUUUGCAAAUAUCAUAUGGUUUUGAUUAUUUUAAGUUUGUAAUAAGCCUUAAAGUCAAAUAAUGUCUGUCUUCUAACUGAAGUUUUUCAAUAUUGAAUUAUUGUUUGCUCAUCAUGUUAAAGUCACACUGUUAUUAUCCAAAAAAUACCUUACUCGAUUUCAUUGGCCUUAAAUGAGUAUAUAAAUAAAAAUAGGAAGACCUGACAUGUUGACACUAUUCUUUCUUUUAUUAAUUUGUACUUAAGAUUUAUUCGACCAUCAUUGUUUAUUUUUUCUUGUACAACAAACUUUACUUUUAAAUACUUAAAUCACUGAUUCAAAAUAUUACUGUACAGUUAAAAUUGUAUGUAAUAAAAUUGAUAUUAUAUUGGUUAUUUAAUUCAAAAGAAACAAUCCUUUUAAAAAAUUUUUAUUAGUACAUGUUUACAGUACAUGUUUGCAUUCAUCUUGACAAUAUUUGAUCUCCAUAUCUAUGCACAUAUUGCACUACUUAUUUCAUUCUUAGAAUUUUCUAUUUAUUUAACUCUGAAAGCUUUUGUUUAAUGUGUUAAGAUAUUUUAUUUUUAUUCUUAUUUAGUAAUUUAUAUAUGGGCUUAAUUAGAACUGUUUCACAUAAUGUACAAAAAUGUAACCUUAUUCCUCCCCUCUAGGUUUAUCUUUUUCCUUGUUUUAUUAUUUAUCAUAAUUGCUUCCCCUUCAGUACCUCAACUCAAAAUUUGGUGUCAUCUUUCGAGUGUUCUCUCAUGUGCUAUGUUGUCACAUCUCCUAAGCUGUUCUAUCUCUGUGUUCAUUCCUCCAGUUAGAGCUGUGACUUUCCGAACUCUUUUGGGUUAACUCCAUGCAUUCCUUUUUUACAUAUUCAAUUCCACUGUCGUAUUAUUUUCCUUUUUGGUAUGCAUUAUCCUGCAUAAGAUUCUACAGUAAUGCUGUAUUAUUUUCUAAACUACCAUUGUUAGGAAUUGAAGAUCGUGUGACAUUGCUAUAACAUUUAUUUCCAGUCUUGCUCUCAGGCCCUGAUCCCUAUGUCCUUUUUGUAACAUUACUGAACCUUUUGAUUUCCUUUCUCUCUUGCCUUUACUUAUUCUUUCUGACCGCUUUCCUUCUUCCCUUUCUUUAACUGUUUACAUACUAUCCCUGACAUAAGACUGAAAUAAAUACUGUCAUACAUUUAGCCAUACAAAAUGGACUGCUCUCACAUUGUUUUUUCUUUUUUUUAAGGAAAAUUCAGCUUUAUAUUAGAGCUUUUGAAAGACUCAUUCUACUAAGUUGCAGAUUUCUUGAGAACAGCUUUGUUUUCAUUAGCAUAUUCUCUGAAUCAGCUUUUUGUUCAAAAAUAUUAGCUAAAAGUUCAAUAAGAACGUUUGAAUUUAACUUUUUCAUGCUUCAUUUUUUCUUAAUACAGAAUCUUAGUAACAUGUUGAUUCCAUGUUGCAUACCAUUUUAUGAGUCAUUUUCAUCUUGUUAGAGAAAAAUGCUUUAAGGAAACGAAAAAGUAAAAUGUAGCAUUCAGAGAUUGUUAGUAUGUUUUGUCAUCGUUUAUAUUAUGACUUUGUAUAUAAUGUCCACCCUUACGCUUUUUCUAUAAAUGAUUUAUCUACUUAAAUUUUACCUUUAAGUUAAAAUUUUACAUUAUUUAUAUGAGUAUUAAAAUGAUACCAGCUAGGAUCCCAAACAAAAUAACUGAAUAAUGAAAAGCACUGAGUUAAAAAUAGGGAAAUAAAUUAAAAUUUCUUUGGGACUCUGACUUCAUUGCUUAUGGCAAAGUUGAUGCUAAAAUAUACCGUACAUCACUACAGUGACAGGAUUGAGAAAAUGAAAAAUACAAAGCUUUACAUAAAUCAACCAAAAGAUCAUAUUAAAAUGCAUAACCUUUAACAUCAGAAUCAAGACUUUUAUUUUUAACUAUUCAGUAUGCUACCUUAUAUAGUUGUCUUAGAUAUUCAUACAGCUUCAUAGAAAAUAGUACUUCAGAUUAUUUGAGAGCUAUGAGAAUGUAUUUCUAAAGAAGCAAUUUCAGGUGGAGAGAGUGGCCAAGUAAGGAGUGACAGCAAAGUGAAUGUCUCCAAAUUAGCAUUGGAAAAGCAGGUAUCCUGAGGCAAGAGCACAAAAUAAAAUGUUACAUGGCCAGACAAAUAAGAGAGAAUCAAAGUAAACCAAAAUCCAGUAUCUAGAGUUUGGAGUACUUGACUGCACCUAGAUCAUGGCACUUUACCCUCUACUCUAUUCUGGGAGAUGAUUGAACUGAUUCAGGAAAAGAUUGGCUCUUCAGUAACUGGAUGAUAGAAUAGACUCAUGAUCACUCUAACUGCCCUGCAGGGCACGGAAAGUGAGAUGUAUGAAAGCCAAGGAUUGAGAGAAACCAGAAGCAACAGAACAGUGCGAAACAAACACCACACAUUCAGAUGUUAAAAACACACACACAACACACACACACACACACACACACACACACACACAAAACAGACCUUUCAAACAGUUAAGAUAGCUGUUCACACUGUGGCAGAAAUGUGCAAAAUUGCCACAUACCCAAAGUACAGCUCACACCAAGAAAAUGAGUACAGAGAGAUCAACGGCCCUCACCACUUUGGGCAGGAAAUAGAGUAGUCCAUAGGAGGAAACUGCUUCUCACAGGCUGUAUUUUCAAAUAAAGGGAACAUGACUGUAGAAAGUUUUUAUGUUUUGUUUUGUUGCUUGUUUAUUCUGAGCUAUCUUUUUUUUUUCCCAACUGGUUCUUUUUUGUUAAUAUUGUUUUGCUAUUUAAUUUUAUUCUUUAAAUUUGGCCAUUUAUACUGUUCCUUUUUUUGACUCCUGUUUUUUUUUUUUUUACUUUCUUUCAUAUUUUUCUUUUCUCUGAUCUUUUUCACUUUCUUACUAACUCAUCCUCUCCCUCUAACCUACAGCAUGUAUCUCCAUGUAUGUACCUUAGAGAAUAAGAAGUAACCAACGCUCUAAUUUAAAAUAGAACCAUUGAAGGGCACUUUAGGAUAACCCUUAACAAAAUUAGACUGAGAGGACCCAUACAAAACUAACUACAAAUAUAUCAACAAAUUCUAAUGACAAUCCCAUUGCUUCUCUCAAACUCCAAAUAUAACUGCAUAUAGGGAUAUACAGAUAUAUUCCAACCCCCCUCAACAUUAGCUGCUUCCUUCAGCAAUACAAAUAAUUCCAAUAGAAGCAGACCUUUUUGUUUUCCACCUAUUGACAUUUUUCUUAAUCUCCCUUUCUUAUCACUGAUAUAUCUCCUUCCUUUCCUCCUUAGUCUGCUUUCCCCAUGCUGCACAUCAUAAACCAUAAAUAGCAGUGUAAUAUAAUCUGUACUGGACAUUGAGAAAAGGUGAAAUGAUCAAGUUUUAAAGUUUUAUGAUUGGUAUACAGCAGGAACUGUUAAUGUUAUUCCCAGAGUGGAGGGUAGAAAUACACUCUUUACAAAAGAGUGGUAGUGUCCAAAAAUCAAACUAAAUGGAUUGUAAUGGUAAACAGUUCCUCCUGGCAAAACCAUGAUCACAUCACUGGAAACCUGUCUUAACUAAAGAGGUCUUUAUAGCAGGAACAUACUUUCUACACUAUUUGAUAUCAGUCCUCACCACAAAAAGAAAAGAAGGCAACAAAAUGCCUCCAAAAACUCUGUUCUCCUAAAUGGUGCAAAUGGCACCAAAAGAGAGAAAAUCAAACAACAAAUAAAUGAGCUACCUGCAAAUGAUUAAAGAAGAAAUAAACUUGCAGGUUCAAAGAAAACAUGAACUAAAGAUAGUGGGAUUAACAAACUGAUGAAUAUCAUUAUGGAAGAAACAAAAAAACCAGAAGUUAAAAAUUAUUCAAAUCAUGACCAAUAAAUUUAUCAAAGAAAUGAUUCAUGAAAAGGUGCCCAAUGAAAGCCAAGAGAUAAUGAAUGCUAUCAAAUACAUGAGCUGCAGAAAUAACUAGUGUGAAAAGACUCUUGGACCUGAAGUAGAAAAUGGAAACACAUGAUAUUCUAAGAGGUAACUUAAGCUUGACAAGAAAACUAGGAAAAUUCACCCAACUGCUACUAGAUUAUGCCAAGUAGACUAACCUAAGCUAAAUGAAGUUAGAGAAUAGCAUAAUUAGAGUAAAAACUGUGUUUACAGAAAUCAUAGCAGAAAACUUUCCGUGUGUGGGGAAGGAACUUACACACAGGUGAGGCUCAUAGAGCACCAACAAGGAUGAAGAAACAAAUCUUUCCCAUGACGUAGCACAGAAAAAUCCCAGAAGCACAACACAAGGACAGAAUCCUUAAAACUUUCAAAGAAAAGCAAAAAAAAAAAAAAAAAAAAAAAAAAAAAAUCACUUAGAAAGGCAAAUCCAUUAGGAUUACAGCAGACUUAUGAAAACAAAUGUUAAAGGCCAACAGAAAUUACAUUUUAAGUCCUAAAAGGAAACCCCUUUCAACGUAGACUAAUGUAUCCUGCAAAACUAUAUUUAAAAAUCAGUGGAGGAAUAAGGAUAUUGUACACCAAAUAACUCCUUAUGAAAACCAAGCCCAUGCUCCAAAUAAUACUCAAGAAUAUUUUGGAGAUACACACUGAAGCCACUAGAGCCAACAACUCUGAAGAAUUGAAUAUAUCAAGCAAGAUGAAUGGUUAUAAUAGUUAUAAAGAAGUCAGAGGUUGGGGGGGACCUCUGAGGAGUAAGUCGGUACCUUUCAGUAACAACUCUCAAUAAUAAUUACAACCCCAAUUAAAAGACACAAAUUGGUACAUGGUCAAAAAAGAAAAUUCAAUGAUUUCUUGCAUUCAAAAUAUGCAUAUGCUCCAAAAAAAUUUGAUAGACUAAAUAUCAAAGGGUGAAAAAAAUACUCCAGGCAUGAGGACCCUGAAGCAAGCAGGGAUAGAAGUCUCAUUCUCAAAAUAGACAUCAAGAUUAGACUGAUCAAAGUGCAGACAAAAUUAUACAAUGUGCCUGUUAUAUGAAGGUGAGUGCACUGAUACUCAAUGCAUAACUAGUUAAAGGAAAACUUCAAGAAGAAAGAACAGUUGUAAAUAUAUAUACACUGAAUAUCAGUGCUCUCACCUUCAUAUGACAGACACUGCUGGUCAGAAAAGAUCAAAUAAACACCAUCACAAUAAGUGAUCUCAAUUAUCCACUUUCACAAAUACACAGAUCAACUUAAUACAAAAAGAAAUACAACUUUCAAACUUUAAAGGGAUUUAAAAGACAUCUGCAGAGUGUUCCACCCCCUUUACAGCAGAAUACUCGUUCUCCACAGCACUCAGAGUUUAUAUACAAAUAGAACCUGUGUAACUACAGAUGAACUCAUGUAUAUCGUGGGGUCAGAGCACACUGAAUCUAGAAGUCAGCUGCAAAAGAAAUCACAAGAAUUUUACAAACAUUAAGUAACACAUUCCUGAAUACUAAGUCACACAUCAAGAACAAAUUAAUUACUAGAAUUGAUUGAUAAGCCAAUACAACAUACAAAAACCUAUGAGAUAGUGAGUACAGUUCUAUGAGGGGUUUCAGGAACAAAUCUGAACUAAUAAAAACCACAUGAUUCUGGCACAAAACCUAGAUCAAUGGAAAAGAAUAGAGGACUCAACCUCGAAUACAUUGGGCCAUCUGAUAUUUGGCAAAAGAGCUAGAAAACACACUGAGGAUAGCUUGUUUACCAAAUGGUGCUGUGAAAACUGGCUUAUGCAUACAGAAGAUUGACUGUAGACUAUGGCCAACCAAUAAGAUUAAUUGUUAAGAUAAAAUUGACCAAAUCAGGAACAAAUGGGAAGGGAGUCACUUAGAAAGUGGAUAUUCUCAGUUUUAUCCUGGUUUGUUUGAUUUUAUUAUCUGUGAUGGUAUGAACAGCUAUUUUGAAGAACAUAAGGCAUUAUAUUAGCCAGUACUAAUUUAAUGUCAUCUUGGUUUGAAGUCCUACCAUGCUUUUGUUCUUCUCUUUCCAAUGGGUCUAUCAUGUUGUAUCUUACUGGAUUUUAUUAUGUGUGAUAGUACAAACAAAAUUUCUAUGGAAAAUGAGAUAAUAUAGUAGCCACUGUUCAUUUUCUGUUAUUUGGUUCUGAAUGUCCUGUAAUACUUUCAUUCUCUUGAAUGGGUUUACACUAUUUUGUUAUGUUUGAUACUAUUGUAUAUGAAGUUAUGCUCAACUAUUUCAAAGAAAGAGACAUUAUGGCAGUUACUGCUAAUUACAGGUUGUGGUGAAAUACUGUGUUGCUUACAUUGUUCUGGUCUGCUUUGUUAUGUUCUUUUUUGUCUUAAUCUCUUUAAAAUAAAAAAAUUUUUAAAAAAAGAAAGUGGACAUUCUUAUGGAGCAGUGACACUUCUGUAGAGGGAUAGGAUGAUAGCUCCUGGCUUCAUCAAGGUGAUCCAUACCUAUUUAGAAUGUCCACCCUAAUGUUUAUACUUAGGGUGUGGUUGCAUUUGUUUUGCCUUUGUCCUGAGAUCUGGCCUAUAGUGGGAGGUGACUGUCUCCUCUAAGAUCACAAGACAUCUGAUACUCUGUGCCAGCUCCCUGGAGGGCCUAGCACUGUCAGACUGCCUAUAACAUUUCUGUCUGAUUUAGCUGCCUAUUUUUUGUUGAAAUAAUAAUAGGCCAGUUAAACGCUAAACAUUUCGCUAAAAUGCAUGACUUCUAGAGACAUUAUCAAUUUCAUGUCCUAUUUUUUGCUCUUGUUUUAUUUUGCAUUUUAGAAAUGUCUUCAAAUAUUUUGUAAAACAUUAAAUCAUCUCUGUACUUUUUCUCUUCAAUCUGAAAUGUAUUUUUUAAACCACUUGCUCUGCUUAAAAAGCUCUUAGGUCUACAUGAAAUUGCCUAUAAAUCUGGGAAAUUUACAAAAUAGUUUUAGUUUUAAUAUUGAAUUCAAAUUAUUACCAUUAUCAUUAUCCCAAGUCCUAUGAUUAUAGUAAUUAGUGACAGAUACCAUUAAAUUCGCUAUGCAGAACUAAAUUUAAACAGUGGUCAUACUUAUGAAUAAAUUGGGACAGUCACUCAUACUUAUGGAUAAAUUGGAACAUAUAUAAAUAUAUAUAAUCACUAGACUAUACUGAUUUUUGAGUGUGAAAGGAGGAUGGAGGGGAAAAACAGACAAACUUAAUCCUUUACUGUUCUAUAAUUGUGACUUCUUUCAGUAAGCAUUUGUUUAUUUAAAAAAAACUUUCCUGAAGAAAAUUAACUGCUCAGGUAAUAGUAUAGUGUGUUACAAAGAUAAAUACAUAUUGAAAUGUUAUUCUAUAACAUUUUCAUACUCAGUAAAAAGACAUACUAUAAAACAUACUAUAAAACUUUAUAAACAUACUAUAAAACUUUAUAAUACUCCCCGGGAGUUCAGGGCAUAGAAGACGAUUUCCAACAGGCCCAGGGAAGCCUUGGAACAAAACAUGAAACAGGGAAAUGUAGGAAAUGACAAAACAAAAGACCAAAAUGCAAUCUCAAACAUCCAGCCCAUCCCAAGAAAGCUUAGGAGCUAUGUACAUAGAAGAAAAUAUAUGCCAUACACCUGAAAUACCUGAAAUAAUGGCAACUAAAAUAAAGAUGCAACUCCGGGAAGCUUUAAAGGAACUCAAACUAGAAAUAAUUUCCUAGGUAAAAGAAGAAAUGAUAAAAGUGAGAUACUGAACACAUCAAAAGAAGACACAGUUAAAAAAUUAGAGGUACAAAACAAAAAGAUAGAAUCCCUGGAUGAACAAUAUAAGAAACAAACAAUAUAUGAAGCAGAUUCAAAAGAUACAUAGGAAAUAAAAAAUUCCAUUGAAAGUUGUCAAAACCACCUCAACGAAAGUAAAGAUAGAAUUUCAGACCUCGAACAAGAUUGCAGGUAGUGAACAGGAAAGGAAAGAUCUUUUAAAAAUACAAAGGAAUCAGGAAAUAACAGUUCAACAGCUACAAGAUAAUGCAAAGAAAAACAACAUAAAAUUGACAGAUAUAAAUAGGGGACAACACAAAAGAUAUCAAGAGGAUAUUUAGAGAAGUAAUAGCUGAAAACUCCAAAUAGCCAUAACCAAAAUAAAACUGCAGCCAGAGAUAUAAUAAUCACCAUCCCAGAAAUCCAACAUAAGAAUAGGAUAUUAAAAGCUGUUAGAAAAGACAGAUCACCUAUGAAGGAAAACCUAUCAGAAUCACAGCAGACUUCUCAGCACAAACAAUAAAAGUCAAGAGGAGCAUGGAGUGAAGUAUUUCAGAUACUAAAUGAUUUCCAGCCUAGACUGCUGCACCCUGCAAAACUGUACUUCAAAUGAAUGGAGAAAUAAGAUACUUCCAUCAUAAAGAACAGCUGAAGAACUUCAUGAUCACCAAGCCAACCCUGCAAAGAAUACUGAAAGAUAGUUUAGACACACAUAGGAAAAAACCACUAAGCAAAGCACACAAUUAAACAGAAUGGAAAGAUAAAGAUGCAACAGCAGAAAGAUAACAUGUCAAUAAUAAACCAAUAUAUAACAGUUACAACCUUUUAUGUAAAUGGUCUCAGUUCACCAAAUAAAAGACUGGCAGAAUGGAUCAAGAAACAACUUCCAGCUAUAUGCUGUCUACAAGAAAGCCAUCUAACCCAAAAGCAUACUCACAGAUUGAAAGUCAAAGCAUGGAAAAUAAUACUUCAUGCAACAGGAACCCCCAAAAAAGGGGGGAGUAGCUAUUCUGUUUGUAGACAAUGUGAACUUCAAGAAUGAUCUAAAGAGAUAAAGAGGGUCACUACAUACUGGCUAGGGGUAAACUUCAAGAGGAAGAGAUCACUAUCUUAAAUAUAUAUGCAGCAAAUUCCAUAGCAAGCAAUUAUACAAAGCAAGUAUUAAUAGAAAUGAAAAAUCAAAUUAGCAAUAACACAGUAUACAGGAGACUUUAACACACCAUUGACACUAAGGGACAGAACAACCUGACAGAAAAUCAGUGAAGAAAUAACAGAACUGCAUCACACCUGUAAACAAAUGGACUUGAUAGACAUAUUCAGAGUGUUCAUCCAACAGCAUCAAAAUACAGAUUCUUCUCAGCAGUACAUGGGACAAUCUCUAAAAUAGACCAUAUACUAGCCCACAGAACACAUUUAAAUACAUGCAAAAGAGUUGAAAUUACCCCGUUCAUAUUAAUGGAUCAUAGUGCCAUGAAACUAGAAAUCAAUGAUUAAAAGAAAAUGCAAAAACCUCACAAACACAUGGAAAUUGAAUAACACACUGUUGAGCAAUCAGUGGGUCACAGGGGUAAUUGAAGAAAUUAAACAAUACCUACAAGCAAAUGAAAAUACAAUUUACUGGAAUCGGUGGGAUUGAAAUACAAUACAAUUUACUGGAAUCUGUGGGAAUGAAACCUGUCCUCAAAGGAAAAUUACUGCAUUGAGUUCCCACAUCAGGAAAACAGAAUGAAGACAAAUAAAUAACCUGAUGCUACACCUCAAACAUCUAGAAAAAGAAGAGCAAGCCAAGGCCAAAGCCAAAAGAAGGGAAGAAAUUAUAAAAAUCAGAGCAGAAAUUAUUGCAAUACAGACUAAGAAAACAAAGAAUCAAUGAAUCAAAGAGUAAGUUCUUUGAAAGAAUAAAUAAAAUUGAUAAGCCACUAAGCAAUCUAAUUUUUUAAAAAAGCUCAAAUUCAUGCAAUAAGGAAUGAAAAAGGCGAAAUCACUCCAGACUCUGUGGAAAUACAGAAGAUCAUCAACAACUGUUUCAAAAACUUCUCUUACAGGUUUGAUAACACAGAAGAAAUGUACAGAUUCCUAGAAACAUAUGAAGUACCAAAGUUGGGUCACAAAGAUGUAAAACUGCUGGAUAACCCAAUUUCUAUUAAUGAAAUUGAAAAUAUAAUUAAGUCCUUACCUACAAAGAAGAGCCCAGGCCCAGAUGGAUUCACUACAGAAUCUACAGGAAAUACAAAGAAGACUUAAUGCCCACACUCCUCAAACUCUUCAAUGAAAUCAAAAGGGAAGCAAUUUUUCCUAAGUCAUUCCUGGAAGCAAAUAUUACUCUAGUACCAAAACCUGAGAAAGACCAAAUUAAAAAACACAACUACAGGCAAAUCUCCCUAAUGAACAUAGAUGCAAAAAUCCUCAAUAAAAUAUUGACAAAUACGAUGCAGCAAAUCAUCAAAAAGAUAAUAUACCAUGACCAAGUGGGAUUCAUGCCAGGCAUACAGGGAUGGUUCAACAUAUGUAAAUCAAUAAAUGUAAUCCACCAUAUCAAUAAAGCCAAAAGUAAUCACAUGAUCAUUUCUAUAGAUGCAGAAAAAGCUUCUGAUAAGGUCCAACACUCAUUCAUGAUAAGAACCUUACAGAAAAUUGGAAUAGAUGGUCCUUACCUCAAUAUGAUAAAGGCUGUCUAUGACAAACCAACAGCCAGUAUCAUACUAAAUGGCCAAAAACAAAAGGCCUUUACCUUAAAGUCAGGCACAAGACAGGGAUAUCCCUUAUCACCGCUCCUAUUCAAUAUAGUACUGGAAAUACUAGCCAGAGCAAUUAGACAAGAGAGAGAAAUAAAAGGGGUUAAGAUAGGAAAAGAGGAAGUUAAAUUAUCAUUUGCAGAUGAUACGAUACUCUACAGAGAAGACCUCCCUCAAAGCUCCAUUGAAAGUCUCCUAGAUAUAAUAAAUAAAUUUAGCAAUGUAGCUGGAUAGAAAAUCAAUACUCAAAAAUCAAUAGCAUUCCUAUACAGUAACAACAAAAUCACUGAGGGAUAAAUAAGAGAAGCCACACCCUUCACACUAGCAUCCAAAAAAAUGAAAUACUUACGAAAUAAUCUCAUGAAAGUAGUGAAAAACCUAUACAGGGAAAAUUCUAAUACCGUGAAAAAAGAAAUCAAAGAGGAUACCAGAAAAUGGAAAAACAUCCCUUGCUCAUGGAUAGGAAGAAUAAAUAUUGUGAAAAUGGCCAUUCUCCCAAACUGUUAUACAGAUUCAAUUCCAUCCCAAUUAAAAAAAAUUCCUCAUAGAUCUAGAGAAAUCACUUCUAAAAUUUAUCUGGAACCAGAAGAAUGUUCUUAUGACUGAAUAGUAUGCCUUUCUGUAUCUCUACAUUUUGAAACAGCAUGCAAAAUCCUGAAAACUGUCCUAUUUUCCAAACAGUACUCCAUUUUACUUUCAUAGCUAUUCAAGAGGUUAGCUUUGGAAGAGGAGCUGGUUACCUCUUAUUCCUCCUUGGUGGAUACAUUGGCAAUGUGUGAUUUUGAUACAUAUGAAGGCUUGGGAUUUUCACUAUACAUGAUCAGGAAAUGUUUCCAUUUAUAGCUGGCAAAGCUGGCCCCAAGCUACUGUUAUCUUGUCCUUAAAAGAAUUAAAAUUCAUGCACUGACUUGAUUCUAAAGUGGAUGGACGUUCUUUCAGGUAUUUAUUUCCAGAAUAGAAAUUUACAUCAUAUAAAAGAUUUGCUCUGUAAGUUUUCUCCCACAAUCUUCUUAUAUAGAGUUUCCAAAAUUCUUCAACUGCCCUCACAACAGUGCUUGUGGACUCAUCAUUCGCUUUUACAUUGUGUAAUGAAUAAUGACUUUUGAAUCAUUUAAACAACCUAGAAGUAUCAGUAGAUUCAAUACUGUAGUAGGUCCUAGCCUUUAUUUCAACAACACAAGCCUUUUGCUUUGUCUCUGAUAGUGGUGGUGCUGAGAAAGAUAUACUUCAUUAUCUGGUCUUUAAUCGAUAAGUUUUUCCAUGUCAAAUUUUUAAUACUUGUAUCUGAUGGAAUAGAUCCUUUUAAUAGAUUUCAUCAUUUUGUUCUUGUUCUGUAAAAAGUAUAGGCUGUGCCUGAUUGGAAAUCAGUAACUACUAAUUUUCCACUUUGGUAAACAUUAAUGACAAAUUUUGUUUCCAGGUCACUCAGCGUGGCCACUUACUGGCACCAUUAAGAGGGAAUUUUAUAUACUUAGAGGGCUUGACUAAGAGGGAAUUUUUUAUACCUAGAGAUGAACAAAAUAAUAUGAGAUUAAAUUAAAAAUGAGGAAAAAUGCAAUCACGAUACAUAGAAAAACAGAUUAGUAAUAUAGUCAUUUACUGUCAUUCUCAAAUAUUGUAUACUACUUGCAGAUCUAUGUCCUAUGCUUUCAUAUAACAGGCAGUGUAAUCGGCUUGACAUACUUUAGAUUCUUAAAGGUCACAGAGAAUAAGAGAUAACACAGAACCUGUAUCAUCACAGGAAGAUACUACAGGGAUGAAGAGAUUGUAAGCCCCUGAAAAGAAGCUGGAAAACCUCUGUAAUUGGAAAAUUAUAUGUACAAAUUAAAGAAACAUCAACUCCAGAAAAGGUAUGAGAGAUAGCCAAAAUCUGUAACUCGGAUAAUUGGUAAAAAUCUUCUCUUUUAUGAAACUGUAUCAUAAAGAUAAUAGGAUGAGUGAUUUUUAAAAGGAAGGAGAAGGAAAAGGGAGGAAACAAAAGUCAAAGAGAAAAAAGGAAGGAAGGAAGGAAGAGAAAACCACAGAUUAAAAAAAAAAAGGAAUGGAAAUGGACCAAUCAUGUGAUCAAAAUAAAUAUUUAGAAACUGAUCCUAAAGAAAUGGAGAUCUAGGUGAAUGACCCAGGGAGAGAACCAGCCAGCCAGUGUCUCUGGAGAUUCAUGCCAGGUUGGAACUUAGGGUGCCUGGUGAGCAGCGGGUGAUCCAGGGAGAGAACUAGCCAGCCAGCAUCUCUGGAGAUCUAUGCCAUGUUGGAGCUUAGGGCUCUGGGUAGCAAAGCAACCCGCUCCCCUCCCCGGUAGUCAGCUAUGAGCCUCCCAGCCCAUAGGCUGCGAAUCAAACAUCUCCCCUGUUCACCAUUAGCAAAUUGGGAGUCAGAGGUCUGAGCAUCUCUUGGGAGGAUAACUGUAUGUAAUAGAGCAAAUAUGGGGGAUUACCGUCUACCAUCUCUUUGAAGGUAAAUAUUGUUAUCACUGUUCUGAUUAGUUGUAUUGCUCUAUUCAAUACUGUUUUGAUAGUUUUUCUGAUAUUCUGUAUUUGGUUUGAUUUUGUUAUACCUGAUUGAGAGGACAACUAUUAUGAAGAUAAAAGAUAUACUAUGGUGCUUAUUACUGUUAUCCUGGUAACCUGCUGUGAAGUUCUGUACCAAUUUCACUGCACUGUCUCGAUUGGCUUUGUUCUGUCAUGUUCUGAUGUGUUUUACUACCUUCAAAAUAAUAAUAAAAAAUAAAUAAAUGGAGAUCUAUGAAA